GGCGACACGCUCCAGUUAAGAGAAGCUUUCGAUGCCGCAAGUAGCUUCUUGAAUCCCGUUCUUCGAAAAGAGGAAGUUCAAAAGUUUCGUGGGGGCUCAUUACUUGAGAUCUUGGGCAAGGAUCUGAUAGAUGAAACCUCCAAUGAAAGCUCAACAAGGGCUACCGUCAUCGGAAAGGCGUUAGACAUACUGAAGAGAAUCCAUAGUGCGUUUAUUUCUCCGGUGAAGGAUGCAGAGUUCCAACAAAGCAGCGGCGAGUCGGAAGAUCCCGCACUGGAAGACGCGAAGCGUCGCAGGUUAUUACAUGCCCUUGUGGAUCUAAUCUCCCUGGAAGGGAUCUACCCUUCGCUUUCAUCUGGAGCCGGAAUUCCUCUUCAGCAGAGAGUAAUUUCUGUACUGCCGGCCGGAGUCAUUGCUCAUCAACCGCAGAAGCCAACAACUAGCAAGCCGCAAGAUGAAGUGCUUCUAGAACGAAUAAUGGUUGUUCUUUCAGAUAUCAUCUGGGAUGAACGACCCAGUAUACAACCUAUCAUUCGCGGUCGUAUUCUAAGCGAUAUAAUUAGUGCUGCGUCAGACUUAGCCUCGAAUGCAGAAUAUUUACCUUUUGAUAAAAAGCAACACUACCGUGAUGUGCUCAUGAAGAUAGUUGAAGAAACACCUAGCCCGGUUCUGUUGUCCACUCUGUCCAGCUUCCUUCAAUCGGAUACGGCUCCGUGGUUCAAGUCAAUAGUUUCCAGUCAGAUAUCACGCGUUCCUUUGCGCCAGGAUGGAGUAUUGCAAACAAUAUUAUUCUUAGCCUCACAACUCGCCCCAUCACUAGGUCACGAGUCGCAAACCCAGGCAUCCAGUGGCCCACACUUUACCGUGCAAGCUAUAAUGCAGUCGUCGCGUCUUCUUUCAUCAGUACCGCAAGGAAUGAACCCGGAGCACUAUUUUUCCGUUAUCGGGCCCCAGCUAUUGGCUUUGAUCGAUGGGGACGACCUGGAUUUGAAGAAGACCGCAGCGUAUAUCGUUGGUAACGGAAUAUUAUGCAAGCGCGCCUAUGGCGCCCCUGGAACGAUAGGCCAUACCAUGUUUCUAGAACCGCUAUUUAAAACUCUUACUGCUGGGCUGGAUGGAUCGUCAAAGAAAUGGAUGAUGCUGUCCACGGCUACAGAUGAGCAUUUACCGGACCAAGUUCUAGUGCCCGAAUCAUUGUUGGUGCUGGCGGUUGACAGGCUAAGGAGCUUAGUUCUCCAGCCUCCGAACCCAAGUCUCGUAAAGAGAGUUGUCUACCCAAUACUCGUUCCACUUUGGGGGCUGGCUUGCUUUACUUUAGAGCAGCAACGCAAUACUCUUCAUGAGAAGAUUAUGGAAGUUUUGCAAACUUACUUCGCCAUAUCAGUCGGGGAACAACCUCUGAAAACGUUGAUUGAUAACCUUCUGUGGGAUGGAGGCGCUACCUGGACCUAUGGUGUUGAUUCAGACCUUGGAGUGUCAUUGCUCAAGCGCGAGACUGGAUCGGACUCUCUAAACUUUGUACGGCUUCUAGAUACACUACAGUCUCGGGCUAAACUUUUUGUCGGCUUACUAGGAGCUGAUCCUAGUAGCGAAGAACGCACGGGCGACAUUUUCCUCUAUGUGAGCGAGAGCUGGCUCGUUCAACCUCAGGCCAAUGGACGAUCAUUUCAAAAGCUUCGCCUUAGCCCGGAAAUUGAGACUGAGAAUAUGAAACAAAAGCUAGUCAGCGCUAAACUGGCAGAGACACUGCUAGACAAUUUUAAAGAUAUCCUCUCUCGUCGGCCUCUGAGGGUGCUCGAACUUAUUAAACAAAUCCUCGACGGCGAGCUCAAUCGAAGUGGACGGAAGAAGGGAACCGGUGAUCCGGGAACUCACAAGUUAACGCUUUCCUCGCUGGCCAACAUUGUCCCUACGGACGACACAGAGCAAGGGGAUACAGGAGAGUCAGAUUCAGCCGAGUCACUACCAGCUGUGUUCAGUCUUCUUUCCACAGUACUCGCAUCCCCCGAAUUUUCCGCUUCACCCGACACGCUGCCAGCUCUUGAAAGUAUCAAAUCACGACUAGACGAACUCAUCCCCUAUCUCCCACCGUCACUUGCAAGACCAGGGACCACAUCCUCAAUGCUUCUAGAAAUUCACAUCACAUCCCCCACGGAACAGAGCCAACAACGGCCUUACUCCGAGGUGUCUGAUUUCGAAACGCAUCGUCGAGCCCUGACUAACCUUAAUUCCGAUCUUCCUCCAGUACAAGCUGAAGGGUUCUCGCUUCUCGCGGACCUGGUUAAGAAAGCCUCUCCCGUCCUCGACAUACCGUCUACAUUAACACUCCUCUUAUCUAUUAUAACAGAUCCAUCCGAAACAACUGCAAACGACGAGUUCAUCUACCUAAAUGCAAUAAAACUAAUCGGCACAUUAGCAUCAAGACACCCCCGCACAGUAGUCAAGACAUUAGUCGAUCGCUACACCGACCGAAACGAAACCUCCAGCCUAGACCAGCGCCUAAAGAUCGGAGAAUCCCUACUACGAACAAUCCAAGACCUAGGCGAAGCAUUAACAGGCGAGACAGCCAAAAUCCUAGGCGAAGGCAUGGUCGCCGUCGCCGGACGCCACGCACACAAACCAGAAGCCCAAAGACGUCGAAAACAACAACUCGAGAAAGAAAAACGGCAGCGAGACCGCGAGGAACGCCAAAAUAAGGAACCUCACAUGCCACCAGGCUGGUCAAUCUCAUCGUCCACACCAGCCUCAAAUAUCCACGAAGUGGAUGAAGAUGAUUCCGAGUCCGAGUCUCCCGAGCAUGCCGCCCAUUCCGCUAACAUCAUCGCCGCAUGGGCCGCGGGCGCGUCUUCAGAUGACGAACCGGAUGAUCUGCGCGCUCGUGCUUCCGCGCUGUCUAUCCUGGCGACCGCUGUGCAGACUAAUGUUGCCGGUCUGGGCCCUUCGGUGGCCUCUUCUGCUGUGGAUAUUGCGCUUGCGACUCUGACGCUGGAGCAGGAGCCCCAGUCUGCGAUUCUGAGACGAGCAUGUGUUGUUCUUCUCCUUGAUAUCUUGAAGGCGCUUGAUACCGCACGUGAGACUAGAAGUCAGGCUGUAGGUUUUGGGUUCUCGCUCAGAGACGAAUCGGCCGGUGACAUGUCUUGGAAGAAUGAGAAUGCUAGUACUCGCGGGCCAUCGACUAUUGGUAAUAUCCCGCACAUGCUGCGCACACUUAGAUUUGUCGAAAGCUGUGAAACGGAUACCCUCGUUCGAGGCCAUAUUCGCGUAUUGAUUGAGAGUUUGGAGGCCUGGGUAGAGAAGUCUUUGUUGUGGGGGAUUGGGGCUCGCGAUAGGGAUGGUAGCAAUGAGGCAAGAUUAGAACUGGGGGAUCAAAUCGCUGGUCUUCAGAUUGAUCCUCUAGCGGGCAGGAAUGAGAGUGGACGACCUAGGAUCGAGGAGAUAGAAUGAGCGCGAUUUAUAUCUUGAGGCAUUCAUGUACAUUACGAGAAGGUAUAAUGCUCGGAUAGGAGUUGAACAUAGGGUGAACAAUCUUCACGUGUCAAAUUUUUCAUCAUAAACAUUCAGCACUGAAUCUGUCACUAUUUAGAC